UCCCAAACCCCGCCGUCGCGCGCGCGCCCGCGCAUGUGUGUGAAAGAGGGUGGCGCGCGUGCGUGCGCGCACUCCCUCCUCCUCCUCCUCACUAUCUCGUCAUUUGCUUCUCCCUUGAUUGGUGAGGUUUGGUGCUCUCAACUGCCUUUGCAAGACAUGGCCUCUCUGCAAUAAAAUUCUGGAUUCCACAUUGUUACCAACAUGGGGGCUACUUUGCAAAUUUUACCCAAUUUGCAGAACCCAAUCAUGGCAGCAUUUUGCCCCAAACUAUUAAACAGCUUUGGGGGCGAGCUGAUUAGACCAGAACAGCCAUGUUUCGGAACAGUCUCAAGAUGCUUCUUACGGGUGGGAAAUCAAACCGCAAAAACAGAUCCAGUGAUGGAGGAAGCGAGGAACCAUCAGACCGAAGGCAGGCAAGCAUAGACUACUGUCAGAGCCAUUCUGGGCAAGGUGGCAGCUCCACAGAGAACGACUGUGCUUUUGAACCAGAGUAUGCUAUCCCAACACUCCCAGUGCCUGAAGGUAUGCAGCACAUUCGGAUUAUGGAAGGCAUGUCCCGCUCUCUCCCAUCCUCCCCAUUACUAACACAUCAGUCUAUCAGUGUUCGGCUCCAGCCCAUGAAGAAAUUAACUGCUCCUCUAAGGAAGGCAAAAUUUGUUGAGAGCCCUCGAAUUCCAGAAUCUGAACUUGGCUCACCAACUCUCACUUCUGCACCAAAACUGGACCUUGAUGCCUACUGCCCUGGUGAAGCUGAGCAGGAACUGGGACCCCCUCCAUCUGUAGAUGAGGCAGCAAACACACUCAUGACUCGCCUGGGCUUCCUCCUGGGAGAGAAAGUCACGGAAGUGCAGGCAGGGCAGCAGUACAGUAUGGAAGUACAGGAGGACAAUCAGACCUCAGCAGUGUCCCAACGAAUAAGUCCUUGUUCCACGCUGACCAGUAGCACUGCUUCACCACCUGCCAGUAGUCCCUGCUCCACCCUCCCUCAAACUAGCACCAAGGAUGUUAUAGCAAAAGACUGCAGUUAUGGAGCUGUCACCAGCCCCACUUCUACUCUUGAGAGCAGAGACAGCGGCAUAAUAGCAACACUGACAAGCUAUUCUGAAAAUAUGGAUCGUGCUAAGUAUGGAGGGGAAAGCAGUAAAGAAUUAGGAUCUGGAGGAAACUUGAAACCUUGGCAGUCUCAAAAAUCCAGCAUAGACUCUUGUUUAUAUCGAGUGGAUGAAAACAUGACGGCCUCUACAUACAGUUUGAACAAGAUCCCUGAAAGGAACUUAGAGACUGUUUUAUCCCAGUCAGUACAAUCCAUUCCACUCUACCUUAUGCCUCGCCCAAACUCUGUAGCAGCCACAAGCUCAGCCCAUUUAGAAGAUCUAGCUUAUCUAGAUGAGCAGAGGCAUGCUCCCCUACGAACAUCACUCCGGAUGCCUCGUCAGAGUAUGGCUGGUGCCCGCACACAACAGGACCUAAGAGUACGCUUUGCACCUUACAGACCUCCUGACAUCUCUCUGAAACCGCUGCUUUUUGAGGUGCCCAGCAUCACCACAGAAUCUGUAUUCGUUGGCCGGGACUGGGUGUUCCAAGAGAUAGAUGUACAAUUGCAGAGUGCUGAUGCCAGUGUGAACAGAGGUGUGGUGAUUGUUGGAAAUAUAGGCUUUGGCAAGACAGCAAUCAUCUCCAGACUGGUUGCGCUGAGCUGCCAUGGCACACGCAUGAGGCAGAUUGCUUCUGACAGCCCCCAUGCAUCCCCAAAACAUGUUGAUGCAAACAGAGAGCUCCCCCUCACUCAACCACCUUCUGCUCACUCUUCCAUCACAAGUGGAAGCUGCCCUGGAACCCCAGAAAUGCGCAGACGUCAGGAGGAGGCUAUGAGGAGGCUUGCUGCCCAGGUUGUUGCGUACCACUACUGCCAGGCUGAUAAUGCCUACACCUGCCUUGUGCCAGAAUUUGUUCACAACGUGGCAGCCUUGCUCUGCCGUUCCCCACAGUUCGCUGCCUACAGAGAGCAGCUGUUACGGGAGCCCCAUCUACAGAGCAUGCUUAGCUUGCGGUCCUGUGUUCAGGAUCCCUUAGCUUCUUUCCGGAGAGGAGUUCUGGAGCCCUUGGAAAGCCUUCAUAAAGAACGAAAGAUCCCCGAUGAAGAUUUCAUCAUAUUAAUUGAUGGGUUAAAUGAAGCCGAAUUUCACAAACCUGACUACGGGGAUACAAUAGUAUCAUUCCUCAGCAAAAUGAUAGGGAAAUUUCCAUCCUGGCUGAAGCUGAUUGUGACAGUCAGAACAAGUCUACAGGAAAUAAUUAAGUUAUUACCCUUCCAUAGGAUAUUCCUGGACAGACUGGAAGAGAAUGAAGCUAUAGAUCAGGAUCUCCAAGCCUACAUCCUACACCGAAUACAUAGCAGCUCUGAGAUACAGAAUAACAUCUCUCUUAAUGGCAAAAUGGACAAUACAACCUUUGGCAAACUUAGUUCUCAUCUCAAAACCCUGAGUCAAGGAUCCUACUUGUACCUUAAGCUCACAUUUGAUCUAAUAGAGAAGGGCUAUUUGGUGUUAAAAAGCUCUAGCUAUAAGGUAGUCCCCGUCUCCCUUUCGGAGGUGUACCUGCUUCAGUGCAAUAUGAAGUUUCCAACACAGUCUUCCUUUGACCGGGUGAUGCCACUCUUAAACGUGGCUGUGGCAUCUCUGCACCCCUUGACCGAUGAGCAUAUUUUCCAGGCCAUCAAUGCAGGAAGCAUUGAAGGUUCCUUGGAAUGGGAGGACUUUCAGCAAAGGAUGGAGAACCUCUCCAUGUUCCUUAUCAAGCGCAGAGAUAUGACCCGAAUGUUUGUCCAUCCAUCUUUUCGAGAGUGGCUGAUCUGGAGAGAAGAAGGAGAAAAAACCAAGUUCCUCUGUGACCCUAGGAGUGGCCAUACGUUGCUCGCCUUCUGGUUUUCCCGUCAAGAGGGAAAACUCAACAGACAGCAGACUAUUGAGCUGGGCCAUCAUAUUCUCAAAGCACACAUCUUUAAGGGACUGAGUAAAAAAGUUGGGGUUUCCUCCUCAAUUCUCCAAGGGCUUUGGAUUUCCUACAGCUCGGAAGGUCUUUCCAUGGCGCUGGCCUCUCUGCGGAAUUUGUACACCCCUAACAUAAAGGUCAGUCGGCUACUGAUCUUAGGAGGCGCCAACAUCAAUUACAGAACUGAAGUGCUAAACAAUGCCCCAAUUUUAUGCGUCCAGUCCCACCUUGGUUACACGGAGAUGGUAGCUUUGCUGUUGGAAUUUGGAGCAAAUGUUGAUGCCUCUUCGGAAAGUGGCCUAACGUCUCUUGGAUAUGCUGCUGCUGCUGGGUAUCUAAGCAUUGUUGCCCUCUUGUGCAAGAAGCGAGCGAAGGUGGAUCACUUGGACAAGAACGGUCAGUGUGCACUGGUUCAUGCAGCUCUCAGAGGCCACCUGGAAGUUGUCAAGUUUUUAAUCCAGUGCGACUGGACAAUUGCUGGGCAACAGCAGGGAGUGUUUAAAAAGAGUCAAGCCAUCCAGCAGGCACUGAUUGCUGCUGCCAGCAUGGGAUACACCGAGAUUGUCUCCUACCUGCUUGAUCUUCCAGAAAAAGAUGAGGAGGAGGUAGAACGAGCACAGAUCAACAGCUUUGACAGUCUCUGGGGAGAGACAGCCCUGACUGCUGCAGCCGGACGAGGCAAGCUGGAUGUUUGCCGUCUGCUUCUGGAGCAGGGAGCAGCUGUAGCCCAGCCCAACCGACGGGGAGUCGUUCCCUUAUUCAGUGCUGUUAGACAAGGCCAUUGGCAGAUUGUUGAUCUUUUGCUCACCCAUGGUGCAGAUGUUAACAUGGCAGAUAAACAAGGCCGGACUCCUUUGAUGAUGGCAGCUUCGGAGGGGCAUUUGGGCACUGUAGAGUUCUUACUAGCACAAGGAUCCUCCAUUUCCCUAAUGGACAAAGAAGGACUUACUGCCCUCAGCUGGGCUUGCCUAAAGGGACACCUUUCAGUAGUACGAGCCUUGGUGGAGAGUGGAGCUGCUACAGACCAUGCCGACAAAAAUGGGCGCACUCCAUUGGAUCUAGCUGCUUUUUAUGGUGAUGCAGAAGUGGUUCAGUUCCUGGUGGAUCACGGUGCCAUGAUUGAGCAUGUGGAUUACAGUGGGAUGCGCCCCCUCGACCGGGCAGUGGGUUGCCGCAAUACUUCUGUUGUUGUCACACUACUGAAGAAAGGAGCCAAGAUAGGUCCAGCAACCUGGGCGAUGGCCACCUCCAAACCAGACAUCAUGGUCAUCCUGUUGAGCAAGUUGAUGGAGGAAGGAGACAUGUUUUACAAGAAAGGGAAAGUGAAGGAGGCUGCCCAGCGCUACCAGUAUGCUCUGAAGAAGUUCCCCCGAGAAGGGUUUGGAGAGGACUUGAAAACCUUCCGGGAACUGAAGGUGUCACUCCUUCUCAACCUCUCCAGAUGCCGGAGGAAAAUGAAUGAUUUUGGAAUGGCGGAGGAAUUUGCUACUAAAGCACUGGAGCUGAAACCGAAAUCUUAUGAAGCUUACUAUGCAAGAGCAAGGGCCAAACGCAGCAGCAGGCAGUUUUCAGCAGCGCUGGAGGACCUGAACGAGGCCAUCAAGCUCUGUCCGAACAACCGUGAGAUCCAGCGGCUGCUGAUGAGGGUGGAGGAAGAGUGCAGACAGACGCAGGCGCAACUACAGCAAGAGCCUCUUGCGGCAUCUGAACCUGAAACGCAGCACGAAGAGUUGUAUGCAGUGCAGGACAUCUUGGAAGAGGAGUACCUUGAGCAAGAUGUAGAAGAAAACAUUUCUGUUGGCUUGCAGACGGAGUCACGGCCGAGCCAAACUCUGCCCAUCAUCCAGAGCCCGCCUUCUUCUCCUGCACACCGAGACUCUGCCUACAUCUCCAGCUCACCGCUUAGCUCACAUCAGGUCUUUGACUUCAGGUCAAAUAGUUCUGUGGGGUCACCAACAAGGCAAGGGUACCAGCCCACCUCCCCAGCACUCUCCCCAACGCACCAGAACUCCCAUUAUAGGCCAAGCCCAGCACACACGUCUCCUGCUCACCAAGCCUCGUCUUACCGCUUUAGCCCACCUCCAGUAGGUAGCCAAGGGAAAGAGUAUCAAAGCCCACCUCCUUCUCCCCUUCGUAGAGGCCCUCAGUACCGAGCCAGCCCUCCAGCAGAUAGCAUGAGUGUCUACAGGGCUCAGUCCGGCUCACCCGUACGAUAUCAGCAGGAACCCAGCAUCAGUCAACUUCCCAGUCGGCCAAAGUCUCCACUCUCCAAAAUGACACAGAGGUCCUUCCAGAUGCUUCCGCUGCCUGUUGCAGUCCCCCAGCAAGGGCUCAGGUUGCAGCCUGCCAAGGCACAGAUUGUCAGAAGCAACCAGCCAAGUUCGGCCGUGCACUGCAGUACUGUGAUCCCCACGGGCACUUACGGCCAGGUGGCCCAUUCAAUGACCAGCAAAUACCAGUCGGCGGCGUCGGAAGUGGCUGCUGGCCAAAACCGGCUGGUCUACCAGAGCUCCAUUGGGGGGAUAGUGGGGGAUGGGCGGCCCAUGCAGCACGUUCAGGCCAGUCUCAGUGCAGGGGCCAUCUGCCAGCAUGGAGGGCUGGCUAAAGAGGAUCUUCUACAGAGGCCUUCCUCUGCCUAUCGUGGUGGGAUGAGAUAUAACCAGACCCCGCAGAUCGGGCGCAGCCAGUCAGCUUCCUAUUACCCUGUCUGUCAUACAAAGCUUGAUCUCGAACGUUCCUCCCUUCCCACUAGCCAGCUAGGUUCACCGGAUAUCUCUCACUUGAUACGAAGGCCCAUGGCAGUGAACCCCAAUGAAAUAAAACCUCACCCUCCGACCCCAAGGCCUCUGCUUCAUUCUCAAAGUGUUGGCCUCCGGUUUUCCCCUUCCAGCAAUAGCAUCUCAUCCACUCCCAAUCUGAACCCCCCCUUCCGCCCUUCUGCUUCUAUUCAGCAGAUGGAGAUCCCCCUCAAGCCAGCCUAUGACAGGUCAUGUGAUGAGCUUUCCCCAGUCUCUCCAACGCAGGGCGGUUACCCCAGCGAGCCUGCCCGCUCCAGGACCACACCUUUCAUGGGAAUCAUUGACAAAACGGCCCGGACUCAGCAGUAUCCCCACCUGCACCAACAGAACCGAACCUGGGCUGUGUCUUCAGUGGAUACCGUCAUAAGCCCCACGUCCCCAGGAAACCUCCCCCAGCCAGAAACAUUCAGCCCGCCUUCCUCAAUCAGCAGCAUUGCCUUUUAUAACAAAACCAACAAUGCACAGAAUGGCCACUUGCUGGAAGACGACUAUUACAGCCCACAUGGGAUAUUGGCCAAUGGCUCCCGAGGAGACCUCCUAGAGAGAGUUAGCCAAACCUCUUCAUAUCCCGAUGUUAAGGUGGCCAGGACACUGCCUGUUGCACAGGCGUAUCAGGACAACCUCUAUAGGCAACUCUCCAGAGACUCCAGGCAAGGACAGACAUCCCCUAUCAAACCAAAGAGACCAUUUGUGGAGUCUAAUGUGUGAAACGGACGUGUCUUGGAGUAAGAGCCUUGUUUUCAGCACACUUUUCCCGGCUGAAUUCCCAUAUUACACUGCUGUUUUUCUUCCUCCCUUUUUGAAUUUUUCAUUCACCUAGCAGGCCACCAACUAGGGUUUUUUUCUGUGUGAUGAUGAGGCAGUCUAAGACAUGCUCCAAACCCUUUGCUGCACACAGCUGACCUCAGAUAAAGCCAGCACUGUACAUGUCUUCAGCUGUCAAUUAGGCAAUGUUAGUACACGGUGUUGGGGCUGACCUAGAAGGAAUCGCUUGAGAGAGGUAACCAGCUCUUUGAAAAAACAAAAUGCGAAUUUCAAAAUUCAGAUUGGUUUGAAUAUCGGCUUCGAAA